AACUUGCGGCAGAGCUCGGCGGCAGCAGCAUGCCUGCAACUGCAACUGCAACUCCUCCCCUCUCUCCCUCCUCCUCCCCAGUGUGCUGAUUUGCUCCUGUCACCUGUGUGCUUGUGUGUGCUAGCUACCAUCGCUGGCCGCCAAUGGCGAGGCGUGAGCUGUUCCUCGCGCUGCUGUGGCUCGCGGCCUUGGCGCUGGCCACCGGCCCCGCUGACGCGACGAGGAAGAUGGUCGGGGUGUACGUGCUCAGGAAGGGGGAUUUCUCCGUCAGGCUCACCAACUGGGGCGCCAGAGUCAUGUCCGUCGUCCUCCCAGACUGCAAAGGGAAUUUGGCUGAUGUCGUCCUUGGCAGAGACACCAUCGCUGAAUACGUCAACGAUGACGUGUACUUCGGGCCGAUAACGGGCCGCAUAGCGCAGAGAGUAGCCCGCGGCCGGUUCGUCCUCGAUGGCAAGGUCUACCACAUGCACAGGAACGAUGGCAGGAACACGAUUCACGGUGGUGACAGAGGAUUCAGCAGAAGCAUUUGGACGGUGAAGGAGUACGUAGCCGGCGGCGAGUCACCCUACAUCACCUUCUACUACCGUAGCUUCGACGGAGAGCAAGGUUUGCCGGGGAACGUGGACGCGUACGUGACGUACCGUAUGUCGGGGCCCUACACGCUGGGCGUGCACAUGAACGCGACGGCGCUGGACAAGGCGACGCCGGUAAACUUCCUGCUGCACGUGUACUGGAACCUGCGCGGCGAGGGGAACGGCGACGUGCUGGGCCACACGCUCCGGCUGCACGCGUCGCGGUACGCCGUGCUGGAUGAUGAGCUCCUCCCGUCGUCGGGGCGCAUCGAGCCCGUGGCCGGCACGCCGCUGGACUUCCGGACGCCGACGCCGAUCGGCUCGCGCAUCCGCCAGGUCGUCGUCAUGGGCGGCCGCGCCGUCGGGUACGACACCAACUACAUCGUCGACGGCGGGGAAGGGAUGAUGCGGCCCGUGGCGCAGGUCCGGGACCCCGCGUCCGGCAGGGCGUUGGAGCUGUGGGCAAACCAGCCGACCAUGCAGCUCUACACGGGGAACUUUCUCAACCACACCAAGGGAAAGCGCGGCAAGGUGUACGACAGGUACGCUGGGUUCUGCCUGGAGACGAUGGGGUACGUGGACGCCGUGAACCACCCUGAGUUUCCGUCUCAGACACUCAGGCCCGGCCAGGUGUACAAGCACGAUAUGGUCUACAAGUUCUCGUUCUAGGUGAUGCACGAUGUAAAACACAGUUCACCAUUGGUAUUUGGAGGGCAAUCAAUAAUAAUAUUUGGAUCACAAGCAGAGCCGGCCCUAUGGGAGGGGCAGCAGGUGCGCCGGCCAUGGGCCCUUGCAGCUUGGGGGCCUAAAUAUGUAUAGUACUAGUAUAUCUCUAUUCUCUGUAUAUGUAUUGAGUUACAGGUAACGAGCAGCCGCAACGCCUGUCGCAAAGAGCCAGAGACACGGACUCGCGGUGUCUCGCCAAAUUCCCGAUUGACGGCACUGCACGCAGACGUAGGCACGCAGCCAUUGCUCUGGCCACAAACCUGCAGUCAUCGAGGCCUCGAGGGACUUCAAACAAAUCAGCCAAUCAGGCAAUCACCAAUCAGAUCUUUAUUGAAUAUUGAUUUGAUUCAGUUUCAUAUUUUCAGUUUAUAUGAUCAUGCCAAAUUUUAUAUGCCCUAGUUUUUUUUCUUGUUCAAUUUUUGUCUAUUACUUUGCACAGGUACUCAUGUAGUCAUAUUUUUAUUUUAAUUUAGGUAAAGUGUUAGAAUUUGAGAAUGUUACCUAAAAAAUAUGAGUUGGGGGCUGCGAAGAAGAACACUUUCGGCAGUCACAACAAGGUGCUUUAGAUAAGUUUUUUUCAGUUUCAAGUAGCGCUGUGCCUGAGCGUGAUGAGAACCUUAUAGAUGCACCUGAGAAUCAAGAAGAGACUAUGUCACAAGAAAGGUUAAAUGGUU